AUGGCAGCCUUGAAAGAGUCGGAUCCGACAAACCCCGAAUAUGUGAGAACGCUGCCGUACGCCGGCGAGGGAGUGUUGGCUCGGACUCAGUUGGCAUGGCAUUUGCCGCCUAUGUACAACCUGGACGACAUUUUCCAGUCGAUCGCCCAACGGGCAAUGGAGCUGGGCCUGGACAAAUACCUCUCCCAUGUUGGGUCAAGACCUCUCCGUGUAGUCACCGUCUGCUCUGGAACUGAAAGCCCGCUGCUGGCUCUGGAGCUAUUGCAAGAAAAUCUUCGAAAAUUUCAUAAUCGAGAGCUUGCAUUCGAACAUCUCUUCAGUGCCGAGAUCGUACCGUUCAAGCAGGCCUAUAUCGAACGUAAUUUCCAUCCCCCGUUGCUUUUCCGCGAUGUGACCGAAUUAAAAGGUCAAUCCGCUCAAACGGCCUAUGGUUCUUUGGCACAAAUACCAGAGGAUGUCGACCUUCUUGUGGCGGGGUUCUCCUGUGUGGAUUUCUCCAAUCUGAACAACAAGCAGAAGACCCUUGACGAGACAGGUGAAUCCAGCGGGACCCUGCGAAGCAUUCUUGCGUAUGCCAAUGUGUACCGACCUCGCCUGGUCAUUGUAGAGAAUGUCAAGAGCGCGCCGUGGUCCACGAUCAAACAAUACUGGAUCGAUAUCGGCUACUGCGUCGUGCAAGCUGGCGUUGACACAAAAGCAUAUUACAUACCCCAGACGCGUGAGCGAGGGUACAUGUGUUGUGUCGAUGCCCAACUCCUGGCGCAACAUGGUCUCUCUACCGAGUGCGUGCUGUCGUGGACCAGCCUAAUGGCUGGCUUCACACGUCAGGCAAGCUCUCCGGCGGGCAUGUUCCUUCUAGAUGCCGAUGAUCGAAGGCUGCAUCAAAUCUCCAAGAGCCUAACUCUGGCUGCACCCAGACUCCGCGCAUGGGACAAAUACCAGCUCCGUCAUCAAGCCUAUAGGCAGUCCGAGCACCUCGGGUACAAGCGUCCAUAUACCAGGUCUCUGGACAGUGGCACCUGUUUGACACCAGACUUCAGCUGGCAUGGAUGGAAUAGGUCCCUGAAUGAGAGAGUAUGGGACACUCUCGAUAUGAAUUUCUUGCGCAAGCUGAAAGAAGGUUACGAUAUGAGCUAUAAAGAGAGAUGCAUUGACCUGUCUCAAGGUGUUGAACGUGAAAUCGAUGUUCGUGCCUCGGGGAUUGUUGGCUGCAUCACUCCUAAUGGCAUUCCCUACCUAACCAGCAGGGGCGGGCCUCUCUGUGGCCUUGAAGCGCUUGCCCUACAGGGUCUGCCUUUGGAUAGACUUUGCCUCACACGUGAAACUCUGCGAGAGUUGUUGGAUCUUGCGGGAAAUGCCAUGAGCUCGACGGUUGUUGGAUGUGCAAUGCUAUCAGCGUUGAUUCUAGGAUACAAAGUUCUUCGCGCAGGCGAACAAUCUUCAACAUCCACUGAGAAACAACCCAAGCGCCAAACUCUGUGUCCUCAAGACGACUGCAUGAUCAUUAAUAAUCUGCAGCUCAAACAUGCCGUCGAAAUAGACACUCAAAUGCUUCAAGAGCGGGCCGCACGUAGCGCUCGCUACUGCAUGUGCGAGGGACAGCUGGGAGUUGAGAAAACCAUUCUGCAAUGCACUCUUUGUGGCCAUACAGCCUGCGGGAACUGCGCCGGCAAUCCACCACAUGCCUUCAAAUCUUGGUCUAGCAUGGAACGCAUCCCACCUAUGACAUUUGUGGGCGAGUUGCGGAGUAUUCUGCCAGCUCGCUUGGUUCUGACCGGUGUGUCGCGCGACAUUUACUCGAAGCUUGCGGCAGGGUCGACCAGCUGCCCGCCGCAGGUUUGGACACUUUUUUGGGAAGUCAUAGAUUCUGGCAUUGAUGGUGAAUUAUCGCUCUUGGAUAUUAAACGCAGCGGGGUGUGGACUAUUCAGUAUGAAGGUAAGAUGUCGAAAUUGGAUCUUGUGAUAAGUGAAGAAGGCGUCGAGUGGCUCCUGUAUGCAUCGACCCCCAGUCACAUGCCUUCUCUGUCCCUCAUACGGGAGAUUCUUUCGAAGCCAAUCGCACGGCUAAGGCCAGAGAAUAAUUCAUUUCUGAAUGGUGAAUGGGAACUAUGUACUCUGAUCAGCCGCAAGAGUCACCUCAAUGUGUGUGGCAGUGGGCGCCGAAUCGAUAGCUACGAAGUUAGAUGCGGUCAUCAAGACCCGCAAUUUGUUGGCGCAAAGGUUUGGACACAUAUUGACUUUCAGGGCUCUGAUGAAGAUGUGCAAGACUUCGGUGCUGAUAUCCGGGGUUCUUACGAACUUCUACCAGACUGUGGGACAGCUUUUGCGUCAUUGCAUAGAAAAAUCGUCACUGCUGGGAAUGAACCUUCCGUGUAUCUUUUCUUGGAUUCGACCAAGCUUGGGAAGCCUGAAAAUGACUCUUUCAUUUUCUCUUGGGAGCAUCGCCUGAUCUCUGGAUAUGAAAGACGAAGAACGAUCGCCGAAGUAUCGCACACUUGGCGCUCUUGGAAAGCGAGCGAUGUGUCUGAGUCUCUUCCGGUAUACCACCGCAAAUGGAUCAAAGCGCCUGCUAUCUCGGUGAGUCCCCUUGAUUGCGACUCUCUCGUCGGAUGCCACAGUUUAGCGCCUAGCAGCAGGGUCACGGUAUGCAGUUCUGGCUGCUGUGAUACCAAUAUCACCUUGCUCUCAUUCAAGGAACCAAUGACAGAGCCAGACCACCUCAACGGCCAAUGGGAAGUGAUUCAUCCAAUAGACUCUUCUUCAAAACUACGAGGCUUUGGUUGGUUGCUUCAGAAAGCUGCAGGCUUGACUUCCUUUAAGGAGUGGCAGGAUCUUGUUUAUGUGCAGACAGUGAAAGCAGGCAGCCGAUCAAUCUGCAAUAUAUGCGCUCCACCGAAACCACAUUUCAUCUGGGGUCGGGAUAGACAGGGUCAUAUCGCUACGUACGAAGACCCUAGAGAAGCAGCGCUUUAUGAACGUCAGAUGAAGUUGAAGCCUUCCCCAUUUUUGUUCUUCCGCCGUUUCAAUCAAACAGGACCAGGUGAUCUGCGCGUCACGCUCAAUAUCCAAGUCCUGCUUCAUCAGGCCUAUGACAGGUUGUAUGGCGCCCAGAUAGUCGAAGGCACUUUGUUCCAAUGGCGUCUCUUGCCCAACUCAUACGACGCGCGCAACCACGACUUCUCAGUCUUCAACUUACUCAACAAUCGGAACGAUUCGCCAUCCCUUCAGCCACCUAACUUCCUUCUGAAGCUACGAUCAGAGCAGUUACGGUCUUUGUCUUGGAUGGUUGAAAAAGAAAGUGACAAUAUCGCACCAUUCUGGGAAGAAGAAGCAGAAGAGGCACUUCUUCCGCAAAUGAUGUGGCGCGCCGAGGCAAGGGUCCUCGUUCCGAAAACUGUUCAUGGAGGUGUUCUUGCAGAUGAUGUUGGCUAUGGCAAAACUGCCCUUAUCCUGGGUUUGAUCGACAUGCAACACGAGCACCUUCGGUUGCCGAACCUGAGCCUCAAGGAUGGAUUCAUUCCCGCGAAGGCAACCCUGGUCGUUGUUCCCGGUGUAUUGUUACGGCAAUGGGAAUUGGAAAUCAAGAAAUUCCUAGGCUCCACCUAUAGGGUUCUCGUCAUUAGCCAUAUCCAGGACCUCGCAAAAGCGACUAUCGAGGAUAUACUCUUCAGUGAUAUCAUAUUGGUAUCUUGGACUGUGUUCAACGGCGACGCCUACUAUCAAAAGUUGCAAAAUGUCACUGCAACACCACGGAAGCCUGGAAGAAAGGCUCGAGACUUUGAUAGUUGGCUCAAAGAUGCACUGGGUUCUUUGAAAGACCUGGUUCGAGUUCUAGGGGGGAAAGGCCCUGGUGCUUUUCUUGAGCUAGUCCGCUCGAAGCGCCAAACUUCUGAAGAUAGCCAAGCGCGGGCCAUCUAUCAGCCAUCCAAGCGUUUGAAAGGGAAAUCAUAUGCGGAUGCGGCUCAGAAGAGGUGCAGCGAUUAUGAGAAUGAGGAGCAUGUUGGCGACAAUUCUAGUACUGAGAACGACUCAAGUCCAAAUAAAGAGGAGAGUGACGACUCUUUACAGGCUAGGGUCAGCCAGUGCUUUGAACAGUUGCCUUCGAACAUGUUUGUCCUUGACGACGCCCACGAGCUGGAGAGCACAGUCGAACUUUCAAAGUCUGAUGGCUCGAAUACACAGCAACUGACGAGUACCAGCAGCACAAAGAGACGACGUGGUCGCUCGGCGUCUGACAAAAAUUUCUGCAGGAUAUGGAACGAUUCGAAAGAGCUCAACGUCAAUGGCCAGCCAGAUCAAACAUGGACAGCUAUCAAAAAUCUCUCCCUCCAUGCCUUUGCCUUCAGUCGUCUAAUCAUCGACGAGUUCACAUACGCGGACGAUGAAAGACUAAAAUCCCUUUUGGCACUAGAAGCUCGUUCGAAAUGGGUCUUGUCGGGCACUCCGCCUCUAAAUGACUUCGCAGACGUCAAGUCAAUUGCAUCGUUCCUGGGUGUCCACCUGGGUGUCGACGAUGAUGAGUUCAAAACGCAAAACAGUCGGCACAGAUUGCUAUCUAACCAGCGCUCCGAUGCAGAGAGGUUUCAGUCCUACCGUACGAGCCACAGUGAGGCAUGGCAUCAUAAUCGCCAUGAGAUUGCACAGAGGUUCUUACACCGCUUCGUUUGCAAGAAUGUUGCGGAAAUCGGCGAAAUACCUUUUACUGAGCACAUCAUUCUGAUAUGUCUCACGCCAGUUGAGAAAGCACUCUAUUCUGAAUUGUACAGACAAUUGGAGGCAUGUGAGGGCAAGCUUCGGUCUCAGGGUCGCUAUAGACCGGAUUGCGAUCAGGCUAGUCGGCUGGACGAGAUGAUCAGCAGCAGCACGACUGGCGAGGAGGCACUUCUCAAGCGUUGUGCCUGUAUUGCUGGUGUUGAGCGUUGGACUGAGGCUGGAAGUCCAGAAACUAUAAACUGCGAAUCGCUCAUCAAACUCAGAGAACAGGAAAUUGUCGAAUUGCAAGAGGAGCUCGUGAGUAAGCUGAAACUGGCAGCGUGGAUGUAUUGCGAGUGCGAUUCGCAGUCUGUGAGAUUCGACAAAUUUGUCAAAGGUGUCACCGAUCACAAUUUUGGCGACAACUCGGUGACAGCGGUCGUCUGCUCUCUCUUGGGUUCUGCCGUGCGCUCAUCUCACCCAAGUCAUUGGACGGAGUUCUUUGCACCUCCCGCUAAAGUCGAUUCACAGCAGUCAACUGAUAAGGGAGAGGACAGAACUCAGAAACGCGAAGGACGAGGAAAGUCUGUAAAAGUUUCCAAGCCGCAAAAGUCUGCCGGUCAGGAAGAGAAGGGCACAAGCAGAGCAGGACUCCCACCAAAACCUACAGGCUUAGCAGAGAUCGAGCCAAUGCUGCGUGAAGUCACGACUGUUUUGAAAACCAUCAUUGACGAAUGGGUAUUGCGCAAGCGUGGCGUCCGAUUUCUCAAAAAGAUACGGUCGAUGCAAAUACGGGGACAGAUCUCCAAAUGCACGAGUUGCAAUAAUCGGCUUGACUCUGUCGAUAAUCUGAGCCUCCUAGGUUCAUGUGGACAUUCUCUGUGUAAGGACUGCCUUUCUCUUGCCGUGCAGAAGGAGGAAUGCAGUGUGGAAGGGUGUCGCGGUUCUGGCAAGUAUUACAAUGUCAUUCCUGUCUCAACGCUUGAGCGCGACUCUGCAGACAGAAACGCCGAAUUCGGCGGCAGCAAAUUAGACAAGGUCAUUGAAAUCAUCCGCAGCACUCCGCAGGGUGAGCGUAUUCUCCUGUUCAUUCAGUUUCCGGAGCUCAUGAAAGUGGCCGCCAAAGCAUUGAAUCUCGCCAAGAUCAAGCACACCAUGAUCACGGCCGUAGAUGCAAACUCCGCCGCGAAGAUCAGUAAACUUCAGGCGAGCGGAUUCGGACAGGCAAAGGUCUUGAUUCUCAACCUUGGGACCGAGAUGGCUGCAGGACUGAACUUGCAACACGCGAACCAUGUCAUAUUUCUGUCGCCCAUGCUGACACAAACUCAGUAUGAUUAUGACUCGACUAUGACACAGGCCAUCGGGCGGAGUCGACGAUAUGGCCAGAACAGGCACGUUCAUAUCUACCAUCUGCUGGCUAAGAAGACCAUCGACGUCGACAUCUUUGAGAAUCGUCGGGACAAGGUUCUUAUCGAGAAAGAUGGGAAACAUUUUCUGGCCACGGACGCGGAAGUAACGAGUGAGAAGAAAGUCGGUAGUGAAGGGCAGCCCAUGGUUUAG